CACGGGCAAACAUGGCAGCCACCCUUCCAAAGAUCUUGUCCUCAGGUAAAAAUACGAGGACUUUGCUCAAUGUUUUGAAAGUAUCUGCAGUUUCAUCCCAGCAAUACAGUGUUCUAGUUUCUAAUUAUGGAGAAAAAAUUACACAUACCGGACAGGUCUAUGACGAAAAUGAUGCGAGAAGAGCUAGAUUCGCCGGUAGACAAAAAGAGGUGAAUGAAAACUUUGCAAUCAACUUGGUUGCAGAAGAACCAGUGACACAUGUAGAGUCAAGUGUGGUGUCCUGUGAUGGAGGUGGAGGGGCUCUUGGCCACCCCAAGAUUUACAUAAACCUGGACAAGGACACCAAAGUUGGCACGUGUGGAUAUUGUGGGUUGCCGUUUAAGCAGAAACAUCAUCAUUGAGGCACUGUCAUUUUUUUGUGUGGUCUAUACAUUAUUCCCCAUUGAAAAAAUGUCAACUUUUUCUCUGUACAAUAAAUUAUUAUUA